CAACGUCAAUGGAUUUAAAUUCAGGACCAUGUCGAGGGAGGAAGGGAUGAAAACACAGAAUAGUGGGGUCUAUGUCACUUCGGAUACUAGAAGUUAUGCAAGUAAACGGGAUGCCAAUGUUGCUGUUGGCGGUGUCUCGUAUUACGGGAGAUUAGUAGACAUCAUCGAGCUAAAUUACAGCGGUCAAUUCACUGUAGUAUUGUUCAAGUGCCUUUGGGCGGACACUACGUCGGGCAGAGGCAUCCGGCAAGACGUUUUGGGCCACACCUGUGUCAAUUUUGCCAAUCCUAUCCACACCGGUGAUCGAGAAGACGAUGAGCCGUAUAUCUUGGCAUCUGAGGCGCGUCUUGUGUUCUACGUGGAGGAUGAGGUGGAGAACGGAUGGAGUGUAGUGGUCCAUGUGAAGCCAAGAGAUUUGUUUGACAUGGGCGAAGAUUAUGAACAUUGUGAGGUCGACCUUCAUCCACAGUCCUGUAUGAGUAGCCUCCCUGAAUUUGAUGUCGAAGGCCUGCGGUUGACGAGAGACGGCGAUUUAGAAGAGUCCACCAUCGAAAGGGUUGAAGAUUGUGAAGAGGCCGCCGAAUCCUAAAAUGCUAUUCUCCAUCAUGCAUGUAGUUCAUAUUUCAGUAGAUUGUAUUUUAGUCAUAUUCUCCGACAAUAGGUUUAUUUGAUUGAGUUAUUUUAGAUUUUUCAAAACGCAUCGUCUCAUAUAAAGCUCUUUUAUUUAUCUGGGUUUUGACAACGCUGUUUUCUAUCCUUUAAGACUUCCUAUAGUCACAUUUUUAUAUUGUCUUUGUACAUUCUUUCUAUUUUUGGUGGAUUAUCAGGGAAAUUGGAGACCAGAGACUUCUUUCUCAUUACCAGAAGCCAUUGGUUCGCAGAGAAGAUGAUAGAAGCGUCUCCGUUCUCUUCGUUGGACCACGCAACGUCCUUUGCAAGGCAAUUGUGGUUCAAAGAGUCCCGCAUACAAUCAUGGUUGGAUGCGUUCUCUGGACAAAGUCACCUUUUUCGAGCCAUUAGUUAUGCACCUGGUUCAAUGAUGAAGGAAAUGCUUCAUUGGGACCGAAAGUACCGGGCUAAAUUUGGGUUUGAGUUUAUAACAAGUACGGAAAAGUGGUGCUCACAGGAAAUACUUGACGAGGUGAAGGUAAAUAUUCAUGUUUUACCAUCCUUUGCCUUGGCAUGAUGUGCGCUGGCUCAAUUUGGGUUUC